UGUUGGUAAAAUCAAAAAGGUUAUAAGAAAAGUUUAUAUACGUAACAAAUUGAAUGAUAUCCAAAAUGUGAUAUAUUUUUAAAUGCCUGGAAUGUUAAUCAUAUUCAAUAAAAACGGAUAAUUAUUAAAUUAAUCUUUUCUUGAUGAGAUAAGGGAUGUUGGGAACUCUUAUUCAAAAGGAAACGAAAAAGCGCAGGUGCUUGGUUCUCAUGGUAUUUACGACGCUUAAAAAAAUGGAAUUUUCCUAAAUAACGCGGUAUUCGUGCAAAUGUUGCGUUAUGUUCUUCAUAUAUUUAAAGAUCGAUAGGCCUAUAUGCACAUUUGACAUGUUUGUUCCAACGCUUUCAAAAUGUGAAGUUUAGUGCAGAGUUGCACGCAUGAUGGACUUACUGGUGGUAGAAGAAAUUUUGCAAAAAGCAGUGGAAAAUGAUCAUGAAACGAUUAACCUGAGCCAUAGAAACAUUGCUGUUCUGUCAAGCAGAUUUCAAAAACUUAAACACGUCAAACGUCUGUUACUGAAUGACAAUCAGAUAAUGAUUCCGCCAUCCGAGCUUACUGACCUAGUCAAACUGGAGGAACUUGUUCUGAAUAACAACAAACUGACAAUACUGCCAACGGGACUGUGCAAACUUUCAAAUCUGACAUACCUUAAUUUGUGUCACAACCCACUGAGUGUACUCUCCGAGGAGAUUUGUCAACUAAGCAGUCUUCACCAGCUCUGGAUUGUGGAUUGCCAACUGGUUAACCUGCCAUCGAACAUCGGAAACUUAAAAUAUCUAAGGAAAUUAAGUGUGCGCGAGAACUAUCUCGAGUCUCUUCCAUCCAGUUUUGUAGAACUAGAAAAUUUAUCCUGGUUGUGCUUAUCAGAAAAUACAAUAAGAAGUUUGCCAAAAUCUUUUCAUAAAUUGAAAAGCUUGACUCAUUUGAAUUUGAAUCAAAAUGAAAUGAACCAUAUUCCAGAGUCAGUUUCAGAGCUACCCAACUUAAUAUAUUUGUUGAUGAAGAGUAACUUCAUCAAAGAAGUCAAAGAUGACACAAUACUGGCGUUAUCCAGACUGACUAAGUUUGAUCUCAGAGAUAAUGAAAUACAAGUAAAACCACCGCACUGGAAGGGCCUAGAUUAUAUAUUGAUUGGUCAAAGUGGACUAAAUGGUGUUCAGAGUAAUGAUGACCUAACGAGUGGCCUUGAUGAAAUUGAAGACGAAUGCUCUGAGGAGGAGGAGGAGGAGGAGUGUGAAGAUGGUGAUGACAGUGAUGAUGACUCAAAGAAAGCGAACUGACACUGUUUAAUCUGUAAAAAGUUCAGUAUUAAAUUAUUUCUUAUCAGGUAAUGAAAUUCAUUACCAAAGUACAUUAAUUUUCAAUGAGCUGAGGAUUCUCUAUACUAUUAGAGUGAAUGUCAUGAUACAAGUAUAUAUAUUAAAAGUUGGUAGAAGGAGCGAA